CAGUGGCCGAGAGAGGAAGUGUUGUGCGGCAGAUGGUGAUUUUACAGUGAUUAGAUCCCCUAGUCUUUUUUAGAUGGUUGAAACAUGUGUACAGGAUUCAACCACAAGCAAGUGGUGUUACUGUGCGCGGUUCUAGCCAACGCUUAUGGAUUAGAGUGGAAUAAUGCGGAAGCGAAAGACGGCGGCGGAGGCGGCGGCCACGGAGGAGGAGGCGCGGCGACAGAAUUCAGCAACCACAGAAUCAUCACUCCCAAAUUAACUCAUUUUAGAACCAAGCGACAUAUCGACAGCACAAGAGAGACGGAUGGGCAUGUGCACGACAUCACCCUGGGGUUGAAUUUAGGGGAGGAAGAUAUUUUGGUAGACUUGCAGUUAAAUAGGAAUUUAUUACCAAGAGACUACUUUGAAAAGUACUAUCAUAAUGGUAGCCAGUAUAUUCAGCGUCCUGUUGGAGAGGCGGCAGGGCUGUGCCACUACCAGGGUGUGAUCCGUGGACGUCCAGGAUCAUGGGCUGCGCUCUCCACGUGUAAUGGUGUCAGUGGUGUAGUGUUUGAUGGGGAAGAGCUGCAUUAUGUAGAGCGGAUACCAGAGACACCAGCAUCCAUCCAGAGCCCACAUUAUCAUUUCCAACAUUCAGAUAUCAUUCCGCGGAAUUUUUCUUGCGGUUACUCAGGGAAACCUCACCCAGUUCGUGAUCUGUUCCAUGACGAGAACUUCUCCAGAUUGCUCAGAUAUAAACGCAGCAGUACUGUUAGUAAUAGCAACAAUAUCCGUGGCCCAUACAAUGCAAAUGCUUUAUCAAGAUAUGUGGAAUUGGUCCUCGUUGCUGACAAGUCUGUUUUUGAAAAGCAUGGCCAUGAAGUAUCAAAAAUAUACAACCGUUGUAAAGAUAUUGCAAACAUAGUGAAUGCGCUGUAUCAACCGCUCAACAUUUUCAUCGCACUGGUGGGAGUAGAAGUGUGGAAGGAUGAGGAUCAGGUUGAAAUCUCAACUGAUGGAGACAAAACUCUCACAAAUUUUCUAAACUAUAGAAAAGUGCGACUCAUCCAGGAACACCCUAAUGACAAUGCUCAACUACUAACGGGGAAGCAAUUCGAUGCAGGAGUGGUGGGCAAAGCUCUAAAAGGACCUAUCUGCACAUACCAAUAUUCAGGAGGUGUGAACAUGGACCACAGUGAUACUGUUGGACUCGUGGCCACCACAGUUGCUCACGAAAUGGGACACAAUUUUGGCAUGGAGCAUGAUACUGAGGAGGAGUGCGAGUGCCCAGACAAGCGGUGCAUUAUGGCCCCGUCCUCUGGGUCGAAGAGUCCAACCCACUGGAGUAGUUGCAGUUAUGAAUAUUUGGCACUAUCUUUUGAACGGUCAAUGGACUACUGCUUGCGAAACAAGCCAACAAGACUGUUUGACUCUCCAGUGUGUGGAAAUGGUUUUGUGGAACCUGGGGAACAGUGUGACUGUGGUUUGCCAGACUACUGCAACAAUCCAUGCUGCAAUGCAGCAACUUGUAUGCUUUACUCAAAUGCUACAUGUGCUACAGGACAUUGUUGUGACUUAGAGACUUGUAGACCAAAACUUGCUGGGGUUAAAUGCAGAACUGCUGUUCAUGAGUGUGAUCUCCCUGAAUAUUGUACGGGCGACUCAGAAUAUUGCCCUGAUGAUUCCUUCAAGUCAGAUGGCCAUGAAUGCAUGGCAGGACAGGCCUUUUGCCAUAAUGGGAUGUGCCGUACGCAUGGAGAGCAGUGCAAGUUACUGUGGGGUCCAACAGGCCAGAGUUCAGAUGACCGCUGUUACAUGAUGAACACACAAGGCAACCAGAAUGGGAACUGUGGAUACAAUUGGGUGAACGAUACAUAUAAUAAGUGCAGUGACAGGGAUAUCAAAUGUGGAAUGCUUCACUGUAUGCAUCUUAAUGAGCGACUUGAAUUUGGCAUGGAGAGUGUGAGCAAAGUCUCGCAUAGUUUCCUCAAGAGUAGUAGUGGUGUUAUUCCCUGUCGUGUAGCCUUAGUUGAUAUGGGAUUGGAUAUGGUUGAUCCGGGCCUUGCACCUGAUGGGGCCAAAUGCGGAAAAGGCAAGAUGUGCGUGAAUCAGCGAUGCAUGCCAGUGGCAGAUCUGAAGAUUGGAGAAUGUAACUGCAAUGGCCAUGGUGUGUGCAAUAACAAUGGUCACUGCCACUGUGAUGUGGGAUAUGCACCACCUGAUUGCCUGUAUCCUGGUCUAGGUGGAUCAGAGGAUAGUGGCCCAGCUUCAAACCCUCAUGCUACAAACAACUUCGUCAUUGGGAUGUUUGUGUUCUUCCUUGGCAUUGUCCCUGGAGGUCUAGUGGUGCUGUGUCUGGUGUAUUAUACCCGAGGCAACCUCAAGCUUUGGUGGGAGACAAAAGGGCGUCCUGCAACGUCAAAGUUGCCUCAUGUGGACACCGGCAAGCGUGGCAGUCGGCCUCCUGGGUCACUUGGUGUGGAGGCAGGAGGAAUCGGGAGACAGGCUGAGAUCAACGUUACUAGUGGCAUCAUCAGCCCAAGAUCCCCCACUCCUCCAUCAUCGCAAGGCUCCAAGAGUAACAGCCCUCUGCUCAAUGGUCAUGCCACCUCUAUCAUGAGCGGAGAUCAACCUGAUAAGGGGAAUCUGUUCAGUAAAAAUCUGUUUGGAAAGCAUGAAGGAUUUACUCUAUCACCUCUGAAGGAGAAGUCUCCUCCAGGAGUAAAGAGUGCUGGUGCUCCACCUCCUAUUCCACCUCCGCCUGCUGCUGUAAAGGCAGUAUCUGCAGCAAGUGUAGCAUCUGCUCCUCCUGCUCCACCUACAGUUAUGAGUAAUGGUCCCACUGACAAUCCCUCAGUAAUUGGUUGGCAGUCAAAGGGAUUAUAUCCACAAGUGCAAAAAGCCAGUAAUAAUACUGGGACUGGGUCUGUGACGAAGAUGAGUAUCAGUGGACCUAGUUUACAGGGGUCUACCAACCCUGCUAUUGCACCUUCAGUAUCAAAGUCUGCACUACCCAGCAGGUCAGCACCUCCUCCACCCCCUGUCACUGCCACAGCAACACUGAGUCCUGCAGCAAUUACAACAGCAUCUCCAGCUGCUUAUGCCAAUGCACCUCAAGUAGCAAUCAUUUCACCCUCACGCCGAGCUCCAAGCUUAAACUCUCGGCCACUGUCUGUGCCUGAUGCCUCAACGCUGGUAGCUCAGGCACAGGAAUAUUCAUGUGAGUCAGAGACUGAGUCAAAACCACAGGAGGGAGAUAAACAGUCUACUGUGGCAAGAAUUGCAUCUUUCCUUACAAAGAAGGACAAACAAGGAAGUGAAGCUAGUCAGUCAGAUGUAGAAGCUGGAUGCUCAAACACUCUCCCAAGGAAAGCUGCCAAGAUUAAACGAGAGAGCCUCAUGCAAUUAGAAAUCUCUGCACCCAUGCAACUACAUGCCACAGAACUUCCUGCCAAUCUAGUUCCAGUCAGGUCUGCACCUGAGCCUCCAAUGCCUAGCAAUCUGAAGCCAAGCCAAGUGAAAGCAAAUCAAGAAGAAACUGGUAAGCCAAACAAGGUGUCAUGGGCCCCAUCCGUCCCAGAUGACAAGGUUAAAACUCCAAGCUCUGGUGACACCCGUUCUAGCAUGAGAGUCACAUGGACACCGUCAGCCUUAGACAGUACAGGGAAGGACCCCACAAUGGAACUCCAAAGAAUAGGUAGCAUGCGUGAAGCUCCAGUUACAAUACGUCCAGCCAUUCCCAAGUUCGGUUCCAUGAGAGCACCACGGCCAAAGAGCCUACCACCAACUAGACCCUCAGAGCCUCCCCCCAGGCCCCCACUUCCUAUGAUUCCUGGAACACCAGAGUCUGAGUGCUUCUAUGAUGACUGUCUUAAUAUACAAGAAGGAACUGCUCCCAUAGCAGAUAUAGAUGAUGAUAACUCCCCAGAAAGCAUAUAUGCAACUAUUGAUGAAAAAACACCUGACAAAGAAGUACCACUGCAGGAGGUUACAUAUGCACCUCCUGAUGCUGUUGAAGGGAAAAAGGAAAAGAAGUCAAUAUUCUCAUUCCUUUACAACAAACCCAAAAAGAAACCUAGUAAAGAGAAAAGCACUCCAGAGGAAGUGGAACCUGUCUCAGAGCCUAUUUACACAAACCUUGUAGAGUCUCCUCCAGAAACAGAGAAGAAUCUUAAAGGUACACAGGCUACCAGUACCUCAGGAGAGGCAAGUAGUAAAUCUUCCUCAGUUAGCCCUCCAUCUCCUGCUGUUGGAGACAGUAAUAGAACAAGUUGUGGGAGUUCAGAAGAUGGAGGACUGCUCUCAGAAAUUGUGUCAGAACUCUCAAAUAGGGAUGACAAAUUUGUAAGUGGUUUAGGAAAGAAUGAUAAGAAGACCAAAAUAGGAGAUACAAAAAAAACACCUACGUCUACAGGUCAGGAAAAUAAAAAGAUAGGUUUUGGAAAGUCUGGCACAAGUUCAGGUGAAACCCAAAACAAAAGUGAAAAAAGCUCAAUAAUAGCUAAUAAUGGACCGAGCAAAAGUUCAUUAUAUCCUUGGAGGGCCAAUAGGGAAACUGCAAGGAAGUCCAGUACUUCAACAACUACUUCCACAACUAGUGCAACAACUAAUACCAAGCCAGUGACAACAACAGCAAAAUUGAGUGAUAGCAGUGUAAAAGAAACUAGUGGUCCAACUCCAAGAGGCGUCUUUUCAUAUAUGAAUAGUGGAGGGAAAGGUAAUACAUCAGAAUCAUUAAACAAAAAUUCAGUCACUUCUGCAGCAGCACCAGCGAGUAAAACCAGUGCAAGCAUCUUUGGAGGGAAGAAAACUCCAAAAUCAGAAACAGCAAGCCCAGCCACCACUACAGACAUUAAAAGUACAUCUGCAGGUAGCACAGUACCUGCAUCAAAAUCUUUAGCUGCUUCUCUUGCAGCAGUGAGAGCAGCAGGAGCUGCAGCAGGGGAAGCCGCAGCAGCAGCAGCAGCAACUGGAGGUGAAUCAUCAUCAGCAAAAAACAAUAAAUUGGGGGAGAAUACUUGGAACACAAACAAACAAUCUGGUCUUCUGAAAACAGGUCCCAAGACAGAAGGAACACCAUUAUUGACAACUAGUGUGCCUAAGCCCUUCACAAAGGCAGCAGUUUCUAUAACUACCUCUUCUGUUACAUUGCCAAGCUCAACUGCCACCACAGCAAAAGCUGGGACAGCACAAAAGGAUAAAGGAUCAUCAGCCACAAAAGAUGAAAAAACCAAAAGUGGAAAUGAAAAAGAAUCCAUUCUCUCCCCAACCAGUGGUUCACGAGGCCGUGGGUCUGUUUCUCAGUCAAAAGCAACAACACCAACAGGAAAGCCAGGAAGAGUCUUAUCACCAACAAGAGGCACAACACCAACUAGUAGGGGCACCACACCCACACGUAACACCACAGCAACAAGUAGUGGUCGUGCAGAUAAAAGCCGUAGUACAACGCCACAACCUGGAGCCAAGAAAUUAACAACCGGAUCAUCCGAUAAGGUUGACCCAAAGCCAGUAAGUAAAGUAGAGAAAUCAGAAAAGAUAGGCAGCAAACCUUCAGACAAGACAGGAAAUAAAGUUAGCAGCAAGCCCUCUGACAAAGCAACAGAGAAGACGGGACCAAAGAAACAGACUGCAAAACCAAUCCAAGCAGUUGGUAAGGUGCCAGGUGGUCCGGCCAGCAAACCCACUACUGGACCUGGAACCUCCGGGCCAAACCGUGCUGGUCGGAUAAGCAACACACACGUUGCUUCCUUGCAACAGAAAUUUGAGAAGAAGGAAGCCGAAUCUCAAGACCUCAAGCCUUCAACAAAAGCACCGUCCAGAAAAAGCCAAGAGGUGAAACCUAUUUUGGCUCCAAAGCCAAAGUGA